CAAAGACGCUCUAUAUUGUUCCACACUACCACUUCUUCAUCUUGGUAGCUGGAUCAUAUAUUUUCGACUUUACUUCGUGCACCUGCGGAUGUAUGCGGCACUGAUUCGGCUUGUCUGAUUUUGGAAAUGGAGUUUAAACGCAUCUCGGCUUCUGAUUUUUCUCUGAGCUUUUGUUUGGUCCUCGUCGUGGCGCAGAGCGCGAUAGGAGAUGUGAGUUAUUCUUUUCCGGAGGAGAUGAAAGGCGGAUCUGUGAUUGGGAAUUUAGCCAAGGAUCUUGGACUCAGUCUGAGUAGCCUGUCCGCACGUAAGGCCCGCGUUGAUACGGAAGGUAACCAAAAACGUUACUGCGACAUUAAUCUAAAUACCGGAGAACUGACUAUUACAGAAAGGAUUGACAGAGAGGGGCUUUGCGGAAAGAAAGCUUCCUGUGUUAUCACGCAAGAGCUAGUGCUGGAGAGUCCUUUGGAAUUACAUCGUAUUAGCCUUCAUGUACAGGAUAUUAAUGACAAUGCUCCGAAAUUUAAAAAAGAUUUAAUUAAACUAGAGAUUCGGGAAUCGGCUGUCAAAGGUGCCCGAUAUUUGUUAGAUGAGGCUCUUGAUGGAGAUAUAGAAGGGAACACCGUGCAGAACUACGUAUUAGAAAAUAACGAUCAUUUUUCUUUGUCUGUUCAUACAAAUAUGGUCGGUGGGAAAUAUGGAGAAUUGGUGCUUGAGAAAGAAUUGGAUCGUGAGAAACAGCAGGAAGUGUCAUUAAUUCUUACAGCCGUAGACGGUGGGACUCCACCGAGAUCUGGUACUGUAACCAUUUACGUUACUGUACUGGAUGCUAAUGAUAACACACCAGUGUUUAGUCAGACCGUCUAUACAGUCAGUCUGUCUGAAAAUUCACCAUUAGGCACCGUAGUGGUUACAGUAAGCGCUACUGAUGCAGAUGAAGGUGCAAAUGGAGAGGUCGCCUAUGAGUUUAAUAAUUUAUCUGAGGAAUACACAAAAACUUUCUCUCUUGAUUCUUCAACGGGAGAAGUUAACGUUAUCGGACAAGUUGAUUAUGAAGAGGAGUCCACAUAUGACCUUCGCAUCCAAGCGACAGACGGGUCGGGGUUAGUUUCUUACUGUAAUUUACAUAUUGAGAUUAUAGAUAUAAAUGAUAAUGCGCCUUUCAUUAUGGUCAAAUCGUUGAACAGCCUAAUCCCAGAAAAUGCGUUACCCGGCACAGAGGUGGGCAUCAUUAAUGUUCAGGACAGAGACUCUGGGAAAAAUCGAGAGGUUCGCUGUUCCAUUCACCAAAACGUCCCAUUUAGACUCAUUCCAUCAAUCAAAAAUUAUUAUUCUCUGGUGACAGCAGGUGAACUGGACCGUGAACAGGUAUCAGAUUAUAACAUUACGGUCACUGCUACUGAUGAGGGAUCUCCACCUUUGUCCUCCGCUAAGAUUAUUCAGUUGUCUGUGUCUGAUGUGAAUGAUAAUCCACCUGUAUUUGAGGAGCAGACUUACAGCGCUCAUGUGAAAGAAAAUAACAAACCAGGCUCCUCUGUAUGUACAGUAGCAGCAACAGACCCAGACUGGAGACAGAACGGUACUGUAGUUUAUUCUCUGUUUCCCUCUGAUGUCAAUGGAGCUCCGGUUACAUCUUUUUUAUCCAUUAAUGGAGACACGGGAGUUAUUCAUGCCGUGAGGUCUUUUGAUUAUGAGCAGUUUAAAAGUUUUAAAGUGCUCGUCUUGGCCAGAGACAACGGUUCUCCUCCUCUGAGAAGUAACGUGACCGUGAGCGUUUUCAUCAUGGAUGAGAAUGACAACUCUCCUCAGAUAUUAUAUCCCUCUCCGGACGGAAACUCUUUUAUGACCGAGAUGGUGCCUAAAACAGUGCAUGUGGGCUCCCUCGUUUCCAAGGUGAUUGCAGUGGACGCGGACUCUGGGCAGAACGCGUGGCUCUCUUAUCAUAUAGUGAAAGCGACCGACCAAGGACUUUUCACGAUAAAUAUCCACAGCGGAGAAAUCAGGAUGCAACGAGAUAUAUCUGAAUCCGAUAACAUGAAGCAAAAUCUCAUUGUUUCGGUUAGAGAUAACGGACAGCCCUCUCUGUCUGCGACAUGUAUAAUGUAUUUAAUCAUUUCAGAUAAUUUAGCUGAAGUCCCAGAACUGAAAGAUAUGUCUCACGACGAGAGUAACACGAGACUAACCUUCUAUUUAGUCGUUGCACUAGUGAGCGUUUCAACGUUCUUCCUCGUGUUCAUCAUCAUUAUCAUGGCUGUGAGGUUUUGCCGCAAGAGGAAGCCCAGACUAAUGUUUGAUGGAGCUGUCACCAUUCCCAGCGCGUAUCUCCCUCCAAAUUACGCAGAUGUGGAGGGUACCGGAACUCUCCACAGCAACUUCAAUUAUGACGCAUACCUAACUGCAGGCUCACGCACAAGUGAUUUCAAGUUUGUCACGUCCUACAACGAGGAAACGCUGCCUGCUGACGUGACUAUGAACAAGUCUCAAACACCUAUCAGUGACUUUGUGGGGCUUCGUAAUGCAACAAAUGACGUUCAGCUUUCUGCCACGAGGAACCAGGCUAACCAAGCCACUUAG